UCUACUAGUGACGGAUUUCCUGGCCGGCCGUCACCCAAAUUAUAUUCUCACCUUAAGUUCAGUUAUGUUUCUCGGAACAAUGGGAUUUCAAUUCUAUUGCGUAGUAUUUUUCUGUGCUCAAUUCAAGAGAAGGGCUGAGGAAACCGGAAUUAUUAUAAAUGAUUUUUUCCUAGAUGACGUGGAUGUGCGUGCUGAGCUCAGUAUUGAGACAUUUUCUCUGGAAAUGCUACAUCACAACUAUAGCAUUGAAAUAUCUGGACUUUUUUCGGUGGAUUACACUCUAAUUUAUUCGGUAGCUGCAACUAUGACGCAAUAUCUUGUCAUCAUGGUUCAAUUCGCAAUGAAGGAUGUUUAGAUACCAAAAAUUCAGUCAUUUUCUGAAAUAGGUUAUUUUCCUCUUAAAAGAAAGUAACGAUUGUCUUGUGUUAGUCACCGAAACAAAUUGUAUUUGUGCUAACAGCAAAAUUAAACAAGUGAACG